CAAGAAGUUGACUUUGCUGUGUAUUUUCACUUCUGUUAUCUUGUAUAUCAGCUUAGACUGAAUUGUAUAUUUAGAGAAGCUUCUUGCAUGUAUUUCUUACAUCAAGGUUCCUAAAUAUGUGUGUGGCAUACGUGCUACAAGGUUUUCCUCCCAGAGGGGAUACUGCUCCAUAGACUCAGCUUGUUGCUGUUGUCAUUCUGCAGCUUUGCCGAUACAUGUUGGUUAUUAAAAUCAGCGUUAAAAAACAAAACGGAUUAAUUUAUUGUUUGAACACACAGCAUAUCUCAAACCUUUUGCUUCGCUGGGUUUCUCUCAGAUUGUCUGUUCAGCGAGAACAGAACUGACCUAAAUACAGUAAUCAAAUCUUACGUGAGAUAAAGACGGUUCUGUUUCCUUGUGACCGAGUGCUGGAGCCAGAUUUACUAUAACAGCCACAUGAUCGUCGCUGUUUAUGUUGCGUUGCCUCACUCAGGCUGCUAAGGUCAAAGAGCAACGGGGCAACGGAACACCACAGAGCGGAAAGAUCCGAUCUCUGCUCACACGUCCCGCACAGACGUAGGAAAUUAUCGGAGAGUUUGCGGUUGCAACAGUGAACAAGUUAUGAACGUCGGUAAACAUCAUAUGGAUCAAGUCGAGGCUAAUCGUAUUUUUUAUGGAAAUGUUUCCCCUGCAGUUUGUUUCUGUUGAUAAAUAUCAUGUUUAUUUGUCAUCGAUAAACAGCGUUGUUAGCAUUUCUUUUAUGGGUGUGGCAGACAAAAAAAAACAAAAAAACAGUUCUCUAGUUCAUAGCUGUAACCUUAAGGAUUCAACAAUAUCAAAUAAAAAACAAAGCAAGGUACUUAUGUCUUUAAUGAAACAAUAAAACACUUCAGUUAUGUCAUAGUUCAGUUACAUAAUUUGUAUGUAAGGAUAGUUUUAACAACAGAGUUCUUCCUUCCUACUACUUGCUAAGCAGGUUUUGAUCAUAAUCUGUUUUUAAAUCCCUCUGUCAUGUGUGGUUUUAAGCCUUGCUUCACCGUUAUAAACAUAUGAUAGAUAAUAUAUGCAUUUCUUUAUGAGAGACAAUAAAGAAAUGCCCAUACAUGAUAAUAAUGAUAAUGAUAAUAUAUAAACAGUAUAUUUCUGUUUAUACUGCAAAGUAUAAACAGAAAAGGUUAUACUUUACAGAAUUUGAACUAUAUGUAGAGGAGAAAAUAAAAUAAAACUUCCUGUUUUUAAAAAUGAACACAUCCAAACCAAAUCCUUCACUACACUCUUGUUAAAAGGCCAAGUAACAAAUGAGACUUUAAUAUGUAAUUUUAAAAGGUUUUUUCCGUAUUUUAUGCAGCAUACUUUGAACAAUUGAACAACAAAAAAAAAACAUUUGUCAGAGGAAAUUACACAUCAUGCUUAAAAUACUUGCUACAUAAGUGUGCAAAUCCUGAUUCUAAUAUUUAGUUGAAGCACAAAAUAUUCCAAAAACCUUGUUGGAAAAUGUGUUGAUAUUUGAUAAAACCAACUUUACACCUUUGGACCCCAGUUUUGUAAAGCAUAAGUUUUAUGAACAGCCCUGCACGUCACUCAACCACAGUGAAGCAUGGUGGUGGCAGUGUCACGCUCUGGGGUUUCUUCUUUCCGGUUGAAACAAAGGUUUUUAGCAAGACAGAAAUGAUUUCAGGUUGCAGUGAACUUUGUGUGUUACGUUCUCGCUGAUUUGCCAGAGAACUGAUCUUUUGAAUCCCUUGAACAGUGUUGAGGACAAGCGACGUCUUUCCAGUCAGAAAUGCGGAGAACCUUUUCAGGCUUGUAGCCAAAGGUCAAGAUGCAGCCGCAUAGACUGACCACCGAGACUGAGUCAAAAGCUGCUCCAACGGAGUGUUGGUUCAAGUGUGACUAUGCACACAGUUGGAAAACAUUUUUAAAUAAUUUGUCACGGCCUAUUUCAUUCACAUGACCAAAAGCCUGCGAUCUUAAGAAGACUUUUUUUUUUUAACACCUUUCUUUAGAUUUGAGCAAAUUGAAAUUUUGAAAUUGUAUUUUAGUGUCUCCCGGUGUUUCUUGACAACAGAUAAUAGGUUUUGUGUGGAUAAAGUGACUUUCACUCGUGUGCAUCAGAGCUUCCUCUGCAAAAACAUACAAUCUGAUGUAGUAGUGCUUGUUCUCCUACUUGUUCUUAAAGAUGUGUACCUGAUCGCGGCACCUUGUUUUCUGCCUGGAGGCAUUGCAGCUCAUCACGGAAGCGUCUGUGUCGGCUCCGAGACUGCUGGGAAAGAAGCCACGCUGGUUUUCAUUGGACGUUCAGAGAUUUGUGAAGGUCUCUGAAACACAGUGAUCCAAUCAUUGUUCAGCAAGAACAGUUAGUUCUCCGCCGUCGUUUUACCCGACUGUCUGCUCGCACACGGCCACCCAAUGAAAGUGUGAGGUGAAGGACGUAAUCUUUUCAUCUGAAUUAUGAGAAUUAAACUGAAGCAGGACAAAGAAAGAACCUUGUGUUCUGGAUAAAACCAGGCAGAUAGAGCACAUCACCCGAGUUCAUAACCUACACUGGCUCCCUGUAACUCAAAGAAUAGACUUUAAAAAAAUAUGGUUUAUAAAUCAUCAGCAGUUUAGCACUAAAACACAUUGAAGAUCUGCUGUUCAAGCUUCCAGACCUCAUGUCUCCGGGUUCUGGUCUGUUCUGCAUCCCCAGAACCAGAAGAAGCAGCAUUCAUCUUCUAUGCAUCACAAAUCUGGAACAAACUCCCAGAAACCUACAAAAAAACAGCUGAAAUAUUGAUUGAUUUACUCUUUUCACGCUUACUGUAAACAGAAUUAUUUGAUGAUUGGUUGAAACAAGACAGAAAACUCAAAACUCUGACAAAUUUAACGGAGGGUGCCGUUAAAUUUCAAAUAGUGCGCAGAUUCUCAAUGGUAUUUAGAUCUUUGAUUAGGUCAAAUACCUCUGGGUGGAUGUUUAAGUUCUUGCUGGAAGAUGAACAUCUGCCUCCUAUUUUCUUUAAUUAUUAACCUGCAUUUAGCUCAGUUGAUCUCUGAUAAGCUUCAUUAACCCCUGCUGGGGAAAAAACACCCCACAGCAUAAUGUUGCCACCACCGUGGUUAAUGCAUUGGGACUUUGUAUAACUUUCUUUCCACUAUCAUUUUCUUCAUGCCAUUGCUUCAUCAGUCAUAUUUGUGGAAUGCAUCCCGACUGGUUGUCCUGUCAAUAGUCUCUUUUUUUCUGAGCUUUUCUGAGCCGUUUUUGCUUUAGGGACAGCCAAUAAAGCUCUUUGAGAGCCGCAACUUAUCACUUAUCAAUAUCACUUUCUAAAAAAAUAAGCUUUAAACACAUAGCUAGUUUAGGGAUUUUUUUUUUGUUGUCAUUUUUAAAUGACAAAACAUUUUUAGGAUUUAGAAUAAAUUAUAGGAUUUUAAAUAAAGAUUAACAUAAAACAGAAUAGAUAUGUUAGUAUUUUUUAAAAGCAUAUUCUGACUUAUGACAAGGAAAUAUAUAUAUAUAUAGCUGAGGCCUUCACAGAACAGCUGGAUUUAUAGUCAGAUUAAAUUACACGUUUGCCCACAGUUUGUACAUCUUUGUCCCAAUUUUAUCUGUUUGUGGUUGUAAAGUGGUAAAAUGUGGAAACGUCAAGAAGUGUCAAUACUUUAACAGUACACAUUUAAUUUUGUUUUGGCCUUGUGAUGCUCCUGUCGUCUGUCAGAGUGGCCCCAGCUCUCGACCCAAGAACAGGAAAAGCCAAGUCUAGGAUUCUGUCAUUUGUAUCUCAAACUUUCCAAACUCCUAAAACAAAAACAUUUGUAACGCCCAUCAAUAAUAGCUGCAUGAUAGCAAGGCUAAAGUGAAAAACUACAGGUUUUACAGCUGAAAAUGAUUUGAUUUUACUUCUAAUUACACUGCUGCGCAUGUUUUUGAGCUCCUUUUAAAAAGUCUCCAAAUCUGAGCCAGCAGAAGCAAAGCACAACAUUGUUGCAGGCAGUUUAGCUAUUUAGCAAAUAACCGUUCAUUACUCAAUGUACUGCUGGGACAUUUAAAACGAAUUUUUUUUAAUUGUUUAUAUUAUUAAUAUGACCAUAAAGUUUGUUCCCUGCAUUGUAAACAUUCAGAUUAUAUCUAGUUAUAUAAGUGUGGAAAAGUACAGUACUCAACUGGGGAAAAAAACCAGCUGUGUAACAAUAGUGAACAUACUUUUGGAGUUAUGUGCGCGGCGUUUCAAAACACAGGCGGAGGCAGACGGUGAAAAACGCCUCGCACGUUUUGCGCACCGGUGCCAAGGCUGUUUUGUAAUCAUGCAGCAUCAAGCCGAUUUAUUACAUAAAAACGCACUGAACCAGCUCAGCAGCAUGUGACCUCUGAUGCCCCGCUGGUGCCGGUGACGCCGGCUUCCUGAUCUGGAGGCUUUAAAAAGGCAGCAAUGAGAAGAGAGGGCAAACGCAUCCCAGUCUCUGCUGACAGCAGCCACAUCUGUGAGGAGGACGGUUGCAUUUAGAGGAGUCAGAGAACGUUGUAGUGAAGCGCUGCAGCUGAGGACAGUGAUGGAGACUUUAGUGUGUCCGAUGGGUGGAGGGGCCACCAGACUGUACAACACCCUGACUCAGACGUUCAGCGGCAGCAGCUCCCCUCUGUCCAUCCCUCCAUCCUACCUGAGCCCCCACCGGCCCGCUCUUCCCAACCUGGAUUCAGAUUUCUGCCUGCAGAAGAACUCCUCCAUAUGCCCCCUUGACCCGGUGGAGCUGCUUCAGCAGUGUGAAGAGGCCCUCAGGGACCGACCUCCUCACCUGCAUAGAAACUUUGUCCACAUCAAUGAUGGAGACGACGUUGCCAGCAUGCCCAUCAGGGUGAUGCAGUGGAACAUCCUAGCCCAAGCUCUGGGCGUAGGAGUUGACAACUUUGUCCGGUGUCCCUUGGAGGCCCUCAGCUGGUCCCGAAGGAGGAGCCUCAUCCUGGAGGAAAUUCUGGCCUACCGACCUCACAUCCUGUGUCUGCAGGAAGUAGACCACUACUAUGACACCUUCCAGCCGGUUUUGGCAAAUCUGGGCUACAGCAGCCAUUUCUGCCCGAAGCCCUGGUCUCCAUGCCUGAACGUAGAAGGCAACAGUGGUCCCGAUGGCUGUGCCCUCUUCUUUGACGAGUCCCGAUUCGAGCUCCUGGACAGUGUGAACAUCAGACUCUCUGCCAUGAUGAUCCCCACAAAUCAAGUCGCUGUGGUGACGACUCUGCGUUGUCGGAGCAGUGGAAGGUGUGUAUGCGUCGCUGCGACUCACCUGAAAGCCCGAUCUGGCUGGGAGUGGUUCCGCAGCGCUCAGGGGUCGGACCUCCUCUGGCACCUUCAGAAUCUGGUCCAGAAGCUCGUCGGCGGCAACUCCAACGUCGGUGUCCCCCUGCUGAUUUGUGGUGAUUUCAACGCAGUCCCGUCGGAGGAAGUGUACCGACGCUUCGCCACUUCCCCUCUAGGUUUGGACUCUGCCUAUAAGAAGCUCAGUCAGGACGGCGCGAGUGAGCCGGCGUACACGACGUGGAAGAUUCGGGGCACCGGGGAGUGCUGCUGCACGCUGGACUACAUCUGGUACACUAAAGACACACUGAGAGUGGACGCUGUUCUGGACAUGCCGGACGAGGAGCAAAUCGGACCCAACAGGCUUCCGUCCUCCAGCUAUCCGUCCGACCACCUCUCUCUCGUGUGCGACUUCAGCUUCAGGGAGAAGGAAUGAGAGGCUGGCUCGUCGACGGGAAAUGUUGGUUCCAGGGACUGAGGGGUUCUCCCUCGCUGCUUCACUCCACAGGAAGCCUGGAAGCCGAAUGUGAGUGAACGGGUGAAGAUGAGAAGACAGGACGUUGAGCGUGAAGUGACUGAAAUGUUGCUGUGUUGAGGUUGAAGAGAUAAAUGCAUCACAAGUCUUCCUACAGGAACUAAGUCUGCACCAGCUGAUCGUCUCAUACCUUCAUCAGCAAUCAAGCUGCUCAUACAUGAACUUCGUUUUAUUUUUUUUACAAAAUACUGAAAUCAGAGUGUAAUAGGAAUACUGCUUGGUACUACCAUCAUAUAGCACUGGAAGUAAAUAAAGUGUUUUUGCCAGAUAAUGUGUAGUUUUCGUGGUUUUUUCUUUUAAGCAUUUUAGUUUUACAACUUUGAAAAGCUUGGCGUCUGUAUACAUUUUAAUAUUCCUAACACACCUCUGCUAUUCACCAGA